AUGGCGGACGAGGAGGCUCACGAUUUCGAGACCGGCGAUGCAGGUGCCGCGCACACCUACCCGCAGCAGGCCGGCGAGGUGCGUAAGGGUUCGCACCUGAUGAUCAAGGGUCGUCCCUGCAAGUGUGUCGAGGUCUCUACCUCCAAGACCGGAAAGCACGGUCACGCAAAGGCCCACAUCGUGGCCAUUGAUAUCUUCACAGGUAAGAAGAUGGAAGACCUCUGCCCCGUCUCCCACAACUUGGAGGUGCCGUUCGUGAAGCGUACCGAGUACCAGGUCCUGAACGCCGAUGCUGACACAGGAGAGGUGAGCCUUCUGCAGGAGAACGGAGAUACCAAGGACGAUCUCAACCUUCCCUGCUUCAUCAAGAUUGGCGAGCCCACGGAGGAGGACAAGAAGAUCCAGGCGGAAAUCUUGGAUGAGUUCGCCAAAGGAGAAAAGUCGGUCUUCGCGAUUGUGCAAGCCGCUUGCGGAGAAGAGAAGAUCGUGGGCAUCAAGUACGUCUGA